AUGAACAAUCAAUGCCGAUCCUGUGGGUCUGCCAUCUACAACACCAAAGGCAGGAACCUGUUCCAGCGGCAGAACGCUGAACUGUUGUCGAACAUCGAUUUGGUGACUGGGUCGCAUUCCGUGCACGCUUCAUCCAGAAUCAAGAGAACUUUCUGCAACGUCGCACGGGAUCUGGAGAUCCCCUCUGCUCUGGACGAGGAGCUAAAAGGCAGAUUUGAUUUCGACGAACCUGACGCUCAUGAGACGGCGCAGGUUGCCGAUUUGCUUAUAACUAGUCUGCAAAAGGAUCUAGCAUACGGCAACCAGAGCAGUGACACCGAAAAUAUCAACGAGUCUCCGAAACGCUUGAGCAAGAAGUCCACCACCAAGUCCAAAUCCAAUCGAUCCACUCCUCUGACUUCUAUCAAUGUUGAUCAAUUGACCAACAGCAAUCCGUUGCCAGUCGCAAAUAACAAGCCAUUUGAAUGCGAGUUUUGCGGCAAAGACUUUAAGAAUCCCUCAAAGCUGACUCGCCACUUGCCAGCGCAUACGGGCGAGAGAGCAUUCAAGUGUCAGUACUGCGACCGAUCGUUUACGACUCGGGGAAACAACAUCCGGCAUGAGAGAACUCAUACAAGGGAAGGGGCCUUUCCCUGCGCCACUUGCGGCAUGUCCUUCUCCCAUGCUUUCGUGCUGAAGAAACAUAUUAAUAUGAACCAUACUGAAACGAGUGCGUAUCUUUGA